AUGGGUAGUGACAGUACUACAUCAUCACACGAAGCGCGAUUACAAAAUGUAAAGUCGACUUUCGUUAGCUGCACUUUCGCGAGCAUAUCUAAGGAAGUAGAUGACCAAAGCGUAAUGAUGUGCCAAACGGAAGUGAUUGGACCAAAUUGCACGACUUUACAGGAUUUUGAGAAUGUGUCAAUCUCAAAGAUUUUGGCCAGCGAAGGAAGCGACAUUAUCUUCACGCAAAACGCUGGAAUGAACGAUUUGAAGUGCUUUGCAGACACUUCCGCUCUCAAAUCGUGGUACGAGUUGGUAAAUUUUCUAUCUGCAGGCCAUUUCGAAGUAGGCGAUCUUGACAGAAAAUGGGCAGUGGGCGGACGAUGGAAGUUUUAUUUUGUUGCACCAUUGAGUUGGACCUUGGUUUUCGAAACACAGUUUGAAAAUUUCACACAACGCCACUGCGAACUGGCUUUUACUCCGGCGCCAGCGGAUCAAGAACUUGACUUAUUUAAUCUAAGUCUGAAACUCUAUGAAGCACAGAGAGAAUCCAAUAAGCAAAUCCAUAUGUUGCAAAACAGAUGCAAGCAUUUGGAAAGCCAAAAAAAUCAGUUGCAAACGGAGCACGACGAAUGGGAGGCACGACUUCGCGUCCGUGAUCAAAAGACCCGAAGCGUCAUUGUGACCUUAUUGAACGAAAAGAAAGGAAUGAUUCGCACGCUUCAAGAGCGGUUGGAACGUGGCAAAGAGCCGCUAGACGUCCCCGACUCUUACCUUAUGAACAAAUUCAUAAACCAGCCCGUCUCCAGAAUGACUUCGCCGCGCAAGAGACCUCAACCUCAACCGCAUGGUUCAAAAACUCCAUCUCCAAGAAAAAGAACGAAAAGGCCAAUCUUGAAAAAUGAGACUUCCUGGGACGAUUUUUCAGCGAAAGGAUUCGAAUUUCUGGGUAUCAACCGUGAAAGGACUCCCAGCAACACUCCCAGCAGUGAUAAUUUGAACCUCAAGCCUAGCAUACAAGAAGCUUCUCGAGAGGAUGUUAACAUUGACGAACAGGCUGUGGUGGGGCCUGUUGAGAAUUCCGGUCAGGAAAAAGUAAAUCCUCCCACAACAAGCUUCGAGCUGGUCGACUCCCUGAAACCUGUGCACUCAACCCACCUCCCAGAGACUACACCCACAUCUAGUUCCGAGGAGAAAAGCAUUGUUGGGUCAGACGCAACGCCAGAUACCGCAGAGGAGACAGAAGUCGAAACAGAAAUUGAAACAGAAGUCGAAACAGAAGUGGAAACCGAGGCAGAAUGA